GUCUACAAUUGCUAAGCCAUAUCAUCUGAGCCUUCAAAAGAUGAAUCACCACCACCCACACAAACCAUCCCCGUCGACCAUUUCCACAAUAUGUUUUUCCUUAUCAGUCCUAAUAAUCCGCACCGUGGCCGCCGCGGCCGUUGACGACCACCACGCCGUUCUCCGAUCAGCUUGCGGCGCCACCAGGUUCCCGGACCUCUGCUUCUCCGCGGUGGCAACCCUCCCCGCCGAAACUCUGACGUCCCAAAACGACGUCAUCGAGGCGUCCAUCAACGUCACCUGCAGCGCCGUGGAGCGCAACUUCUUCACCGUCGAGAAGAUGAUCAGGGCCCUUAACCCGACGGCGACCAAGCGGCAGAAGGCGGCGCUGCACGACUGCCUGGAGACCAUCGACCAGACGCUGGACGAGCUCCACGCGUCGCUCCGGGACCUGAAGCAGUACAAAUAUCAGGACAAGAGGCAGAACAAGGAGCUGCUGCUGACUCGACAUACCGCCAAUCUCAUGACGUGGCUCAGCGCGGCCAUGACCAACCAGGAGACUUGCCUGGAUGGCUUCUCUCACGGACGCGCCGACAGGCGUGUCCGUGAAGGCCUGGUCAAGGGUCACGUCCACGUGGGGCACAUGUGCAGCAACUCGCUGGCUAUGAUCGCCAACAUAACCGGCAGCCAGAAGGCUGCCGGCCCGGCCGAGUGGUUGUCCGCGGGGGACAGGAGGCUCUUGCAGUCCUCCGGGGAUAUCACGCCGGACGUGGUGGUGGCGGCGGACGGGAGCGGGGACUAUGCGACGGUAGGGGCGGCGGUGGCGGCGGCGCCGAGUAAGAGCAGCAAGAGGUACAUAAUAAGGAUAAAGGCGGGGGUGUAUAAGGAGAACGUGGAGGUGGGGAAGGGGAAGACCAACAUCAUGUUCGUCGGAGACAACAAGGAUACCACCAUUAUCACCGGCAGUAGGAGCGUCGGCGAUGGCUUCACCACUUUCAGUUCUGCUACUGUCGCGGUGGUGGGGCAGGGAUUCCUGGCACGCGACAUAACGUUCCAGAACACGGCGGGACCCUCAAAGCACCAGGCGGUGGCCCUCCGAGUCGGCUCCGACCUGUCAGCAUUCUACCGGUGCAACAUCCUGGCGUACCAGGACACACUCUACGUCCACUCCAACCGCCAGUUCUUCACCAACUGCCUCAUCUCGGGGACCGUCGACUUCAUCUUCGGCAACGCCGCGGUAGUCCUCCAGGACUGCGACAUCCGGGCCCGACGGCCCGACCGGGGCCAGAAGAACAUGGUCACGGCCCAGGGACGGACCGACCCGAACCAGAACACGGGCAUCGUCAUCCAGAAGUCCACCAUCGGUGCGGCCUCCGACCUGCAGGCCGCACCGAAAGGGAGCUUCCCGACGUAUUUGGGGAGGCCGUGGAAGGAGUACUCGAGGACGGUGGUCAUGGAGUCGACCAUAACCGACGUGGUUGACCCGGCCGGUUGGUUCGAGUGGGACGGUGACUUCGCGCUGGACACGCUGUACUACGCGGAGUAUAGGAACGGUGGGGCCGGGGCGGAUACGUCGGGUCGGGUUGAUUGGAAGGGUUACAAGGUGAUUACCGAUGAAUCCGAGGCGGCGAGGUUUGCGCCGGGGGAUUUUGUUGCCGGAGGAAGUUGGUUGCCUGGAACCAACUUCCCUUAUUCGCUCGGUCUGUGAUUCUAUUCUAUAUUAUAUGUAGGGAACAUUAAUUUGGUAUGUAUUAUGAAUGUUCUAUAUCGGCUGAAUUAGCAACCCAAAAUUUGGUAUGCGUGCAUGUAUAUGUAGAUAUUGGCUGUUGGCCUGGUAGAUGUAUCUCUCCGGCCGGCGCCGGCCGGUUAAUUUCAUAAAUAAAAGACGGCAACUCAUAUCCACAUUCAAACAUUAAGUAUUCCGUACUUGGUCUUUCAUCCCACCCAAGAGCGAACAUGGCGUUUGGGGGCCACCGAUGCUAUCUUAUAAUUAAUAUGCGCUCCUUUUGGUUAGUCAUUAUCGUCACUAGUGCUACUCACCCAUUGCAAUAAACCUCACAAGAUUAU